AUGGUGUCGGUGUCGGUGUCGCUGUCGCUGGGGGAGCGUGGUCCCCCGGCCGGCGUGGCCGGGGAUCUGGCGGCGCUGGCCGAGCUGGACGAGGCGGCGCUGCUGGCGGGGCUGCGGGAGCGCUUCCUGCAGCAGCACAUCUACACCGACAUCGGGGACAUCCUCGUCUCCAUGAAUCCCUUCCAGCCGCUGCCGCUCUACGGGAGAGAGGUCUCCGAGCGGUACCGGCGCCUCCAGACCGACGCGCUACCGCCCCACAUCUUCGCCGUGGCCAGUCGCGCCUACCACGCCAUGCUGGGCCGCGGGGGCGGCGGACCCCGCAACCAGUGCAUCCUCAUCAGUGGAGAGAGUGGUGCUGGGAAAACAGAGAGUACGAAGUUGUUGUUGCAGCACAUAAUGAACCUAUGCAAAGGCAACUUACAGCUGGAACAGCAGAUACUUCAGGUGAAUCCGUUGCUUGAAGCUUUUGGCAAUGCCCAAACAGUGAUGAAUGACAACAGCAGCCGCUUUGGAAAAUACAUACAGCUGCGUUUCCAGAAAAAUACAGUGCAAGGUGCAAAGCUGAGUGAGUACCUGUUAGAGAAGUCACGGGUGGUGCAACAAGAUACUGGGGAAAGGAAUUUCCACAUCUUCUACUAUAUGUUUGCUGGACUAUCUUCAGAGCAGAAGGAGAUGUAUGGGUUAUUGGAUCCUUCCCUCUACAGGUACAUAAGUGGACGAUUUGGUACAAAGGAAGUAGCUGAACGCUGGAAACACAAAUACCAAGAGGUUUGCAAUGCCCUUGACAUGGUGGGCUUCCAAGAACAGGAGCAAGUGGACAUGCAGGCUAUCUUGGCUGGUGUGCUGUCUCUUGGCAAUGUGACCUUUGAGCCUGAGGAGAGCAAUGGGUCUGUAAAAGUCAGUGAAGCCUCUCAGGGAUGGCUGAAGGCUGCAGCGGGUCAGUUUGGAGUCCAGGAAGAUGAGCUGUUAAAAUGCCUGAUUUGUACAACAUCAGUGACCCGAGGGGAACAGAUCCAGCGUUUUCACACCCAGCAGCAGGCAGAAGAUGCUCGGGAUUCAAUUGCAAAGGUGGCCUAUGGCCGAGUGUUUGGCUGGAUUGUUUGUAAGAUCAAUGAGCUGCUGGCUGAAAAUGUGGAUCCUGAGGUGGAACUGAGUGAGAUAGGCAUAUUGGAUAUUUUUGGGUUUGAAAACUUUGCAGUGAAUCGUUUUGAACAGCUUUGUAUAAACUUGGCCAAUGAGCAGCUGCAGCAUUUCUUCAACCAUCACAUUUUCCAGCUGGAGCAGGCUGCCUAUAAGGAAGAAGGGCUGCCUUGGGAGACCAUCACAUUCAACAAUAAUGAACCUAUUCUGAAUCUGCUCCUGGCCAAGCCACUUGGGCUCCUGUCUCUUCUGGAUGAGCAGAGUGCGUUCCCUCAGGCAACUGAUAAGACAUUUGUGGAUAAACUAAACAGCAGCUUUAAAGGGAGUUUACACUUCCAGCCAGCCCGAGGUCGUGUUUUGGGCUUCAGCAUCAUGCACUAUGCUGGGAAAGUACAAUAUGCUGCCAAGGGCUUUCUAGAGAAGAACAGAGACACCUUGCCAGCCAAUGUCCGUGGGCUCUUCAUCAACAGCAUCACCCCUUUGCUCAGUGUGCUGUUCACAGCCACUCUCUCCAGGACAGGGACCCUGAUGCCUCAUGUGAAAGCCAAGGUCAUACCAGGAGCAGAUGACAAGUUCAACAGCACAAGGAAACAGUCUGCUGGAGCCCAGUUCCGGCAUUCCCUGAUGGCUCUCAUGGAGAGGAUGUAUUCUGCCGACCCACACUUUGUGCGCUGCAUAAAGCCCAAUAACCAGAAGGAGCCAGGUGUGCUGGACAAUCAGGUGGUGCUGCUGCAGCUCCGGUACAAUGGACUGCUGGAGACAAUCCGUAUCCGAAGAGAUGGUUUCUCCUGGAGACCCUCCUUUGAGGAAUUUGCUGAAAGAUACAGAAUUCUUCUAGUUAAACCUGGUGCUCCCCUCACAAAAGAGAGCUGCUUGGAGAUAUUGCAAAGUACAGAGCUGAAAGGCUGGAUUUGUGGAAAGUCUCGACUUUUUUUUAAAUAUUGGCAUCAGGAAGAGCUGGCAAAGUAUGUGGAGCGACUGGAAAGAGCAGCAGUUAUCAUACAGAAAGUUUUUAAGGGAUUCAGAUGCAAGAAGAGUUUCCUAAAACUCUUGGCUGAGCUGAGAGCUCAAGAACAGCGGCUACAGGAGGAGGCAGAGAGAGAAAGACUCCGGCAGCUGGCACUGGCAGCAGAGGCCCAAGAAAGAAACUCCUUCCCAGUCCCCAUGCCACGAAAGAGGCGCCCUCAGUCUGGUCCUCAUCCUUCUGAUCAGUCACAACAGCCACCGGUGCCACGGCCACGCAGCAAACUAACAGAGUCCACUCCUUUUGAUAACUUCUUAAAACCUUCUGUGCCUCGUCCUCUCCUGGGAACUGAGGAACAGACUGGGGAAGAAGCAAAAAUGAGGAAACUCAAGAGAGGAGCAACUCUCCGCUGGUUCAAAGAGACACAGGCCCAGAAGGUCAUGCAGGAUGAUGGGGCCUUUCCAAGCUGGCUGCAUGGGAUGAUCAGUCGGAGGGAAGCUGAAAACUUGCUGAUUGACAAGCCUUUGGGUUGCUUUCUUGUUCGGAUCAGCCAGAGCCGACCAGGCUACAUCUUGACAUACCGGGGCGAAGGCCGCUGCAGACACUACAUGAUCCAGAUGCAGCCCAAUGCACGUUACGUCAUCCUGGGGGAGGACCGGGCUCACACCUCACUCACCGAGCUGGUGCAGUAUCACCAGACCAUGGGCAUCCAGCCCUUCAUGGAGAUACUGACUGUUCCCUGUGGGCAGAAAAGUAGUGAGAGCUUGUGUUACGAAAAUCUGGAGGGUCUCACGCUGAGUUCAUCAAAAGACAAGGGGGACACCCCUCCAGAGAAGCAGUCCUGUCCCUCCGUGCCUUCCAGCAGCAAACCUGCUCGGCAGUGGUUCAGGAGGACCAAGAAUUUCCAAAACCAGCAGACCUCAGACAAGGGUGGAACCAAGCCCAGCUCUGGAGAGAGCAGCCAACGAGUCUUCCCUCGCCUCCGCUCUUCCAUACGCCUGGCCAUGCAGGAAAUCCAGCAGGUGAGCUGGUUCUUAUCCUCUACCAAGCCACAGGGAGUUUUCCUGCCCAGAGACAGGACAGUGAAGGGUUCCACAGCAAGCACUUGGUUUCUUGGCUCCUAUGUCAUAGGUUUUGUUUGGUGGUCUUGGGAUCAAGACUGUAUUCCCUGGAAUAUUCCUUGCCUGCCUGUGCUGCUCCACUAA